AUGAGUAAAAUGUAUUCAACUGCCAAUUUGACGGACAAGGAGCUCAAGGAACAAGGAAAUCGAUUGUUUAGUCUUCACAAGUACGAGGAUGCUGCUAAUUGUUAUUCAAAAGCUAUUAUUAAAAAUCCAGCACAAGCGCCAUACUUUACAAAUCGCGCUCUGUGUCAUUUAAAACUUAAAAGAUGGGAAUCCUCAUGCCAGGAUUGUCGCCGUGCUUUAGACAUGGAUCCAUGUUUGGUCAAGGGUCACUUUUUUUUAGGCCUAGCACUUUUAGAACUUGAGGCGUUUGAUGAAGCGAUAAAACAUCUCCAGCGUGCUGUCGAUUUAGCCAAAGAACAAAAGCUCAACUACGGCGAUGACAUGACCAGUGUGUUGAGGCAAGCGCGUAAACGACGUUUUCAAUUAAAAGAAGAGCAGCGACUUGCUCAGGAUAUUGAACUACAGACUUAUCUGAAUCAGCUGAUUCUGGAGGAUGCCGAGCGACAUAUGGCAACUCUCGACGAACAAAUAAGAUCAGCCAGUGAAAAAAAUUAUCGUCAAGACUCGAGUGACGGAGGAAACAAUAAAACUACCGACGCCGAGUCAUCAGCAACUGCACAAGCCAUGUCUAUUAACAGGCAGGAAAUAGAGAGUAAAAAAGAGACUGCUAUUACUCGUCUUAAUGAUCUUUUUGCUAAAGUUGAUGAGAGACGAAGAAAACGAGAAGUUCCAGAUUAUUUAUGUGGAAAAAUAAGUUUUGAAAUACUUCAAGAGCCAGUAAUUACACCCAGCGGUAUCACUUAUGAACGUAAAGAUAUUGAGGAACAUUUACAGCGAGUUGGUCAUUUUGAUCCUGUUACUCGUGUACGUCUUACUCAAGAUCAAUUAAUCCCAAAUCUGGCGAUGAAAGAAGUUGUUGAUGCUUUCUUACAAGAUAAUGAAUGGGCAUUAGACUAUUAA